AUGAGCCUUCUCACGUUACUUUGUCUGGCCGGCCUGGCCCUGGCCCAGGCCCAACCUGUACCUAAUGUCCGUAACCUACGAGCCCGACUUCAGCCGGAUCUCGACGCCAUCUUUGUCGAAUGGCAGUUCAGUCAGCCUACCAACAGUAUGUUUCCAAAUUUUAUGACUAUGAAAGGGCAAGGGACCCUUUCGGGAGUUGACAAAAAAUCAAAAUUUUAUUUCCGAAGAAUCAUAGAAAAAAUUCAUGAACGUCUUUACUCACUCAACUAAGGAACAAUGGAAGUGAAAAAAACGUUCACAAAGUUUUCUGAAGUCUUUUAAGUACUUCAACAAAAUUUAUGGAAAACUUCGGGAAAAAAUCUUUCUCAGAAAGAUUACAGAUCAAAAUUUUUGCACUUUUUACCCGUAAGAAGCAAUUUUGAACAAACUAAAAAUUUAAUGAUUAGUUUUACCUUUAAUUAAUGUUUUGUAGUAAACAAGGGCCUAUUGAAGAAAAAUUCCAAAAGCAUUCUUUUCAAUAUUUUUCUGUAAAAACAAAGCGAAAAAAGCCUCGAUAUUCAUAGAAAAAGCCGGUUUUCUGGAAAAAUUCAAGUCAUAUUGAAAAAAAACCCUAUGCUUCCACUUUCGUCGUAAAUCACCGAUACAAAACUCCAAUUUCCCAUUUCUUGCUAUUCCUUGCAGCCUUGGUUUCAGUAAUCAAAAGAGCAAAUUCAAAAAUUGUGUUUUCGCGCGCCCGCCACAAAACGGCUCUUAUCAGCUGUUGCUCAAGAAAAGUGCACGCACCAUUUGAAAGUGCAUGGGGCAAUCGGAAAACAACGCUGAUCGUUGCAGAAAACUUUGGAAAUGGGUCUUUCGAUUUUGAAGCAGGAAGUUGAUUUUAGAAAAUGAAAAAUCGACAGAAAAAAGAACUGGAGAAUGCUUCGAAAACAUUUGAAAAAGUUCAGUAGCAAGAACUAUGAAAGACAAAAUAUAGAAAAAAGAAAUUUUAAAAAUUUGGCGAUUUCGAAAGAGAUGAUAUAUUUUUUAAACGGAAGUUACUUGAAGCAAUUUUUCAAAGCUUGUCGCUUUUUAUCAGGGCUGAUGAAAAAGGAGAGCUCAAGAAAAAGAACUUUCAAACAAUAGAGAAGAUGUCAGCAGAAAUUUCGGUAUUUGAAUCUAAUUCAAAUAGCAUCAAGUUGGAAUUUGCCCAUCUUGAGGCCUUUUCCAGAAAAACUCGGAAGAAAACAAAAUUUUCAGACAUAAUGUUCACGCUGAGGUAUCGAACCGGAAAUGUCCCCGGUCCGUGGAAAUAUAUUAGGACCAAGGACUCCCAAGUCAAACUGCCUCUCAGCGAGUACAAGAAUGGAGAUCAAGUCCAUGUUCAGGUUAGCAAAUUGAGAACUUUAAACUGAAAAAAGGAGAGUCAGACUCAAAAAAAAGACAAAAAACGCAACAAUGGAGAUACUUCUGGCGGAACGUUCACACGCUAAGCUUGACUGAUAUAACAGCUGGUGCGCAGCUUAAAAAUGCGAGGUUCCCACUUGAAGAGGAUGACGCCUUUUAAGGAAGUAGGAAGUUAGAAUUUUUUGAAAUUGAUUUUAGUUUAUACAAUUUAAACGCCGUUGUGCCUUAAACAUAGCUUCAAGCUUUUGGUCUCCCCAAUCUUUUCAGAAACCUGGCGCGCCCCACCAAAAACCACUUGCGCUUUGUGGUAUAAUGUAAAUUACAGAAAGAAGCCGUUUCAUAUGAUUUCAAAAAUUUUAUUCAAUCGGAACCUUUAGAACUAUUAUUUUUUAUAGUUUGAAGAAUUACUCAAGUUUACAUCAUUUCACUCUUUCAGAUUCAAGCGGAGCGAGGUGGUCAAGUUAUCGAGGAUUGGAGUCAGGAACUUGUCAUCACAGUCAAUAAGAAGGUUUAAUUUUUUUUUCGAAUGAACAUAUAUCAAAAAUUAAUAAGUUAAAUGAGAAAUCAUGCAGGUGAACACAACAAAAAAAACAGUCAAUUGAAAAAUUUUGCACCUUCCAAAUAAAAAAAAAUUGUAGUGAGAAGAUUCUUUGCUCUGAAGAUCCAAUUUUCAAAGCACGGAAUAAACGUCCAAAAAAGGAUUAGAUAAACAGAGAUAUAUCCAAAGCCAUUCACAUGAAAAACUUGUCACAAACAAGCGAAAAAAAGGGGCCGCGAAAAUAUUACCCAACUUGGAACGGCGGCAUUUUCAUGAGGUGUCUCAAAAUAAGGCGAAAGAAGAUGUUUUUCCUAUGCAAAGAUGGCUUUCUCUUCAAGUUAUGAUAUAGGCCAAAAAGAUUUCUUGGGACGGAAAACCGCACUUCAGAAUACGAGAAAUAGGGGAAAACUUCUUUCGAGAAGAAGAAAACAGGAGAAAAGCAUAACAAUGAGAUUUGACUGAGCUCGUUUCUGUCGAAACGACUUCCUCUAAAUCUUAGGCAAGAAGAAGAAGAAGGAGAAGAAAAAAUACGACUAACUAGUUUUGUGAUUCUACCUAUACACAACACAAUGUAUCAAUCAAGAUGAGUUUUUUGCCUCCUUUCUCAGAAAAAAAACUUCGAACAGGAUUGAUUCUUUGUAAUUUAUCUCUGUUGUCCGAUUUCCUUUUUUCUUAUUUGUGCGCCGCUGGUGGGAACUUGAGAAAAAAGUACUAGGUUUUGGAAGCAUAAUAAUACAACUUGGACUGAAUGAAAUUGUUCAAAAUAAAAAAAACGAAGACUUGCCGGGACCUGUUAAUUUUCGUCUUAAUUUUGAAGCAGCAGCCGAAGAAUUCCCGUUUUUUUCAGAGUGAGAAGCUGAUACUAUUUUUUUAGGGGUGCUUUUAAAUUUCAGCUACUAGGAUUCAAAAGACUUUUUCGGUUAUCAAGAGCAUAUGAGGGCCAUAUUUUUCAGUACAGUAGAUGAAUUCCGGUUUAAAAAAAACUAAAAUUUGUUUGAAAACUCUGGAAAAAAGAAUUUCCGCCGAAACUUCUGAAAUUCCCCAACUUCUACUCCAAAAUACCAUUAAGCUGUUAUGAACCAAGUAUAUUUGCAUUUCUUCAAAAUCUUCCAGCUUUCCAAAUAUACUUAUAUAAUGCUCUGACAGGUAUCCGUAGGAGGGAUAAUCGUGGACGAAGGCGCCUUGUUGCCGCCGUUGGACUUCACGGCACGCGUGAUGAGUCCAUCGAGUGUGCAUCUCGAGUGGACGCCUGCAGCUACUAACAAACCCGGUUAGCCUAUUUUUUUCAAAGUUUCGAGAGACCUAGGUGGUAAAUAAAAUGGACCACAAAAAUCUUCGCUCAAAAAAAUACAAAACUAAAAAAAUGAAACCCAUACGAAAAAUUCAGUGGAGUUCAAGAAUAUUUCAAAAAAAUUCUAGAAACCCUUUAAAAUCGACUGUUGAUAUUCCUUAAAAAAAUAGAAAAAUUUAGUGAUUUCGGAGAGCUUCAAAAUAAAUCAAAAAAAAGCUCCAUUAACAAUGAGAUCACUGUUUCUCAGGCUUUUCCUAUGACCCGCCAAAAAGAAAAUUAAUAUAAUCUCAAUCUCAAAAGCUGAAGAUUUUUUGUCUAACACUACUUCCUGAAAACCGGAUCCGAGGCAAACUCACGCUGGAUUUGAAAUUCAAGCCUUGACCAAGAGUCAAAAUAACUGAGAAAAAAAAAGAAUAGGAUUCGUUCUGGAUUCCUGGAAGCGUGACACCGCCAUUUCAUUGUUUCCAAUGGAACAUGUCGGCAUAAAAUAUUGCGCCUCUCGGCCGUUUUUUUACGUUUUAAUAUUCUUGAAAUUGGACUUUUCAUCUUGUUGUCUUUUUUUCUUAGAAUUCUUAAAUUUUUGUUGAGAACCCUUAAAUUUUUCUGUGAAAUUCAAAGCUCGAUAAAAUUUCCUAAAUAUACUAUAGUUUGCAAAUGAUCGCAGAGAGUAUGGCUGAAAGCUUGAAUAAAUGCGCAUCUGGUAUACCUAUGGUGCUCAAAAAAAAAAUCUAGUUCGUGACAGCGAAACGAAAUUUUUCAUCAAAUUUUUAUUCCAAAUCUAAUUGCUCAUGUUCUGAAUAACAGUUUGACAAGCUCAAAACCUCAUAGUUCACUUGAUCAAUAGGAGCAAAGGGCAAAAGUUGCUUCUUUAUCCUCUCAUUUACGCAUCGGAGAUAUGUGUGGGAGGGCUUAGAAGCCAGAAAAGUGUUCGCAUUAUGAAUUGAAUCAUUCAAAAGCCGCCUGCUUUCGUUAACAUUUUGAAUUCUUCAAGAAACGGUCCAAUUUAUGACGCAAAAUUUUCAAAAUGCGCUUUUAGCCUUAGAAUCUUCCAAAGUGCUAACACAUCAAAACUCUUCAGACGGCUGUUUUGAUUCCUUGACACGUUUUAAUUGAAUCAGGGGGGUUUCGAAAAUCAUUAAUUAACUGAGAAGCAAAGAAACAUGAUAAAGUACGCGAAAACACGGGGCAAAAUAGGCGAGUCAAAUUGGUUGUAAACACGACACCUAAGCCUCCAGUCAGCUUAAUCCGAGCCUUACGUAAAAAGAAGGCGAAAAAAAAAGAAGUUGUAUUGUCACGCAGCGUCUAGGAUUUUGCAUAGGGCGAAAAGCUUAAAAACAAGGAGGAAUGCUCUAAAGACGUUCUGAGAACAUUUCAAGGUUGAGACAAACUUUUUUUGAAGUCCUAUGGUCAAGUUGAUAGAAAUCGGUGUUCCGAGAAAGAUGUAAAAAAUUGGACGUCAUUGUUCUUUAAAGUGGAUUUUCAGCCUUAAAAACGUUAAAAUACUUUUUUAGUCCGGUUUUCAUGGAUCCUCAAUUUUCGAAACGGUGCAUUCUUUUUUAAAAAUCCCAGAAAAUCGAACAAUGCCAGCUGUGAAAAGCUUGAGAAAAAGAAAAAAACAGCAAGAAUCAUCAAGAAAAAGACGACUGAAACGAAAGAUCCCUGCAUUUCAACUGGUCAAAUCGCUGUGAAACUCUUCGGGAACGCCCUGAGAGCAUCAAAAAGCCGUUUAUUCGUCAUGAAAGCAAUUAGGCCUCCGAGGUUGAUUUUGUAUGAGCGGAAAGACGAACACACACAAAACCGAUAAAAAGUCUCGGUGGCCAAUUGAAUGCGAAAUGAGGAUAAACGGCACAAGCGCAAAGCGUUCGCCACACGAAGCAACAGCAAAAAAAGACGAAAAAAGUGGCCUCCCGGCUGGAAAAAUCACAAACGCCUGGAUUACGUCCCUUCCUAGGCUUCUUCUUCUGAGAACGCCAUGGCUUUUUAGAAUUCAGUUUGAUGAAAAUCAGUUAGCUCGUCUUUUUUUGGAAAAUGAGAGACUUAGUGGAUCUAUGAAAAGUAAGGAUUUUAUAAAAAAAAUCUUUAUUUCACAGAAAUCGAGACUUUCUUAUUUAUAUUCUUUUGAGAAUUUGUGACCGCAUUUGGAAUGGCCCAUGGUGCAAAAUGCCCGAUUCAGGGCCUGUCAGACCAGAAACUACUUGCGCGUAGAAGCGUGAAAUGGCCGAAGUUGCAACGUGACGUGAAGCUUUGAUUAUUCUACGGACGGCCCGAAACUUGGAUUUUAGAGUAAUGUUUCUUGAAAACUAGUCUGUAGUAGUGAAAACAGAUUUGCAGUCGCACUGAAACUUUUGAAAUUUUCUUGACAAUUUGCAUAAUUAAGGCAACUUCAAAAUUAAAUUUUAGCCUGAAUACUGAAUUUUGGGAUCACUUUUUUUUCACAAGAUUCGAGUUUGUAAAGCCAAAAAGUCGAAAAAGAGAGAAUCUUUGUUCAAGAUCCACUGUUAGAUGAUGGACGUGGGGCAUCUCAAAAUGUCAACUCCAAUUUCGAGGAAAGCAGAAAGAAUUGAAGAAACAUCAAACUGCACUUUUUAUGAUUUGAUCUUCAGGAGAGAGUCAAUUGAAUCUGAGCGAAUUUUAUUGGAAUGUACGACUACUGUUUUAAAACCGCCUUAUCGCCGAUUUUCGAUGAUUAGGAAGCGGUUUUUCACAAAUCUCUUUGAUCCGAAAACAAAAAGAAAUCGCUUAAUUUUUUUGAAAAUGGUUCUUUAUAAAGUGAGUAAAGUUUCCUUGAUAUUUUUCCUUCUAAAAAUACCCAGACAAAUGCUCAGAGAAUGAAUAUGAAACGUUGAGAAAAGUUGAGACACGUUUUUACAUGAAACUGGCUCAAAAAAAUACAAAAAGAAGCUUUAUUACUUUACAAAUGUGAGACGCGAAUGUAGGGGGAACACGCAUCCAGAAUCAGGAAACAAAAUAUGUUCAGACAGCUUUUCAAGAGUUUUUCAAGUGUGCAAGUGAAAAAAAAGAAACUGACGUUUGGUCACUGCAGAAUUUCAAAGUCUAAUUGAAAUCUUCCGCAGGAAAGAUGAUUUUGCAAUAAUGUUUGGCCUUAUUCCAACUCUGCGAACUUCCUCAUUGAAACUCAGAGGAACGCAUUUAGCUCUGAAGAAGAGAUAAUCGGCCAGUGGAACUUCAAAGAGGAACAUUUUCUUCAUUCCCUAUGGGAAUCAAAUUUUGAAUGAAAAGAGAGGCCGACAAGGCUUUCAAUAACGCUGCAAAGUAUCAAGAGCUAGGCAAAAUUCACUGACGGACGAGAAAUUUUUUGUUUCAUAAACUAUAUUGUUUCAGACAUUUUCUACCUUGUUCAUGUGAAACAAUUGACCUCCGAAUCAGGAACAACUCUUCACAAUCAACAGGUUUCGGUCUUCAGUUUUUUUCAGUAAAACGAAAAUUCUAAACCCACUUCAAAAAGACUGAGAAAAGCAGCAUAUAAUUGCAGUUGCAUAGGAAAUUCCUUGUCAAAGAGCGAUUGUACUUUACCCGGCUUGCACUAACUUUCUUUAGCGAAAAGUGCCUUAAUUCAGUUUGGCUUUUAUUGGAAAAGAAUGUGAGAAAACAAAAUCAAAGCUUGAAAAACUCAUUUUAACAGCCGUGAUUUACAGAUCAAAACUUCUGCCAACAGUUUCACGCUUGGUAAACUGAUUCCUGGCGAGAAAUAUGAAAUGACGAUUCGCAGUGCGACGCCAAAACAGAAGAUCUCUUCUACAGCAGCUAUCGUGGAAAUUACCAUGCCCAAAGGUAAGAUUACUGUUUCAAAAUUUGGAAGCCUAAGCCUUCAGAAUUUUCAUUUUAUCAAUUUUUCAAAGUGUUUUUUUAUCAACAAAUCUUCCAAAAAAUGAAAUGAAAAGCUUAAAAAAUUUCCGCAUUCCAACUUUAACGAGCACGUCAAAGUCACUCAAAAUGAAGCAAAAAGACGAUAUUUCAAAUCCAAAAACUGCCACAAUCGCUCAAGCUUUAAUUUGAUGAAUUUAGCAAAAACAACUUUUAGGGAACGAAGCAAAAAAAAAGCAGAGAAAAAAAAACGCGGUACGGGGCUUGCAAAACAAAGAACAGACCGCCUUAUUUUAAUUGGCUAAAUCGGAUAGAACCGCAAAAAUACUUAGGCAAGAGAGGUUUUUAACGUUUGAAAAUGACGCAUGGCUUGCGUAAAAAAACAUAGUAAAUUUGUAAUUUCAUACGCUAAUGGCGGGUUUCCCAUAAUAUCCGCCUUUGAUUUUUGAGGAACUUUCUGAAAUAAUUUAUGCGAAACAUAAAAGUCACUUUGAAUGGGAGCUGUUUUUGAGAAUAAAAUAAAUCAUAAUAUAUUAUUUUCCAGAGAACGAUUACUUUGAAAUCGGCAACUUGAUAAUCAGCUCUCUUUUCAAAUCGUCUACCCACGGAGCUGUUAAUCUCACCUGGGAGGUUCCACCUCAACUUCAGCAUAAGAUUUUGGGUGAGUUUAUGCAGAACAGGUCACGGGAAGACAAUUGUAAGAUUCUUUUUUUGAGAAGUACAAACUUUUUCGAAGGACAAGUUCGAGCUUUCUCAUUAUUCUAAAAACUCAUCCGAAUAUUUUUUUAGCUAAAAAAAUUUUUUUGAAAUUCUAACGGAAGUUAGGCAGUUUUUUUGAUAGUCAAGGUUUGAAAUUUUAAUUUGCAGUUUCAGCCGUUCGUUUUUCAAAAAAAUAUCAAUAAACAUUUUUCUGAGAAGAUAAAUCUCCGAUAUGCAUUUUUUUAGAUUCAAGUCUAUGAAAAAAACAGAAUUUUAUGCUAUUCAAUUGAAUCAUAGUGAAUAUAACCUUCAUUUGUUAUCCUAAGACCUGAAAAACCUGAAAUUUCUAGCCUAUGACGUGGAGUUUGCUGAAAUGGGAAGCAGCGAUUGGCAGAGAAUUCAGUUCCAUGGGAGCAAUCCCUCGGCAACUUUGUACAACUUGAAGAGGUUUUAAUUAUGCAAUCAAUUAAUUAUUCAAUUUGUCGGAAAAAAUAGUUAAUCAAAGGCUAAUCAACGUGUUUUCCAGCGACACGGAAUAUCAACUGAGAAUCAAGACGACGAUGACCAACAAGAUCGUCAUGGAAAGCGCACAGUUCAAGUACAAGACACCAAGAGGUUACUUUUUUUCUUGUAUUUCAUAAUUAUAUCAAAAGUUACUGUUUCAAAGUUCAAAUAAGGCUUGAAUGAAUUCCGAAGUUUGCAAACUCGUCAAGGUCUAUAACUGGAGCUUGAAAAUUUCCUUUUGACUUUUUUUUCUGUUCAUGUGGGUUUUUUUGAAAUUUAUUUUUUUGAACUGCUGUAGUUAAAAAAAGGUCCAAGUUGUUAUAUUAAAUCUUCUUGAAUUGGCAUCUAUUGAGAGUGAAUUUCAUACGAUUUUUUCAAGCAACGAAGUUAAAAAAUGAAAAAAAAAAUGGAGAUUAGAUGCGUAAAAAAAGAUUAGACCAUAAUUUUUUUUAUAAUACCCCAUUGAUGAGCGUUAUUUACAAGAAGUAGGAUUUGGCUUUUUUCAACUAAAGAAGCUUUUUUGAAGUGGAGACAAACCCGAUCCAGAAAGUUGACGUCAUCUACUCCCAUGACGUCAACUCGGUCAAACUACAAUGGAUCCUGGAACCGUAAGUUCAUUUAACGAAAAAAAUUCAGAGAGUUGUUUUUUUGAAAUCCACAAAAAAACCAAAGAAAGAUCAAGUUUUUUUUCGAUUUUUCAGAACUUCAAAAUUAUUUUUAUUUUUUUGGUUUUUUUGUUUCUCAUCCUUUUACUAAUUUGUAUCAACGAGUUAAAAAAAUACUUCUCAAUGUUUUUUUAUUUCCUCAUUCUCGUCAUUCUCAUUUUUCCAUGCUUCUCCGCAAGUAAUCUUUGUUCCAGUCCAAAAAUAGCUCAAAAUCAAUUACCUUCCUAUUUUUGGGUAAUGAAGACAAACAAAAACAAACGGACUUGAUUGGAAAAAAUUUAGAUGUCUACUAAAAAACGUCAAUGAGAGGAAUUUUUAGGCAUGUUCAAGUGGAUCGCGUUGCCGGCUAUGAUGUUUAUUUGAGUGAGGAUAAGGUUAGUUAUAAAGUUUUUUAUUUAAUUUAGUAAUAUUCAGUUUUUCAAUCAAGUGUAACUUUUUCAAAAUUCAUAUCGGUUCACUAAAAAAAUAUGUUUUUUUAUCUGGUCAGGUUCAAUCGCUUGAAAAAAACGCUAAAACUCAUCUUGCUUUUGUGAAUUUAUACCAAGUCCUUGAAAAUUCUACAGCUUAAUUUUGAAGCUUCUAUCUGCGAACUCUCUCCAGUUCAAACUUUUCGUCGCUUCAUAAUAGAAUAAAGACCGCUUUUUCAAAAACUCAAGUCUGAUCAAAAAAGCACCGAAAAAAAAGAAUUAACAAAUAACUAAUUGCGAGAUGUCAAAGGCAUUCGGAAAACAAGGGGAGCUCCGCCAAAAACAAAGGCGGAAUUGGCGAAGAAUUACGUAUUCUUUCAGUUCGAUCCUUUGAACAGUGCAAUGCAAAGGCGCUUAGUUUCGUUCCGAAGUCGCAAUUAAGGAAUGGAUGAGUCUGUUGCAGGACAAGCCGGACUCGCAGUGGCGGCUCGUCCGGCUCGACAACAAAGAUUCGUCCCUUUCGCUGCAUGACCUCAAAGGCGCUACUGUCUACUUUGUUCGGGUCAACGUCCGCAAUACGGACGGUUCGAUUAUUCGCGCCCCGACCGUGUACAGAUUCAAGACUAUCGGUGAGAAAAAAAGCCUCGGAAUUCGAACGAAAAAAAUAUACCAAAAAAAUCGAGGUCAUAUUAUUUGGCCCUUUUGAGCUUCGAAAGACCAGAAGCCUGAAAAAAUGAUCAAUUCCCUUAAAUUAUCCAUGAAGCUGGAAGCGAUGAUCUUAAAACCCCCCUAAAAAAACCUGAAAUUGUGCCACCAAUAGUAUCAGAAAUCAGAAUUUAUCAAAAAGGUCUGAGAACACAAGACUAUCGUUUUGGGUAAAGAUAAAUCAGAACCAGAGAAAAAAAAUAGAUUUUUUUGGUUUCCAACCUCAAACUAAUUAUUAAUUGCACAGUGAUCCCAAAAACUUGAAAAUUUAAAACUUUCUGGUGUUGGAAACAAUGUUAAAAACAAAUGAUGUCUUCAGUAACACCUUUGAAAAAAUAAUGUAAUAUUUAAAAAAGACCAGACUGAAAAGCAAUCAUUUAAAGCUAUUCAGGAUCUCUAGACCUUGAAAAAAGUCAGAAAACAUUUCUCGAACAGACAGUGACCAUGACACAUUCUGGCCAUGUUUUCGAAUCACAAGAAAUAGAAAAUGAGUGGGAAGGUGCAAAAAAUGAGAAUGUUUUUGAAUUCGAGCUGUCAAUUCAAAACGUGCUUUUUUCCUCAUUUUUGGAAGUUGGACGUCAUUUUUUCGUUCCUCCUACUCAGAGGAAGCAAUGAAAUAUUCAUGGAAUUGUCAAAGCGUGACUAUGACCCUGAAGUUGAGCUUGAAAAAAUUUUCAAACUAAAUUCAUAUAACUUUAAAAAUGAGGGAUCAUCUCAAAUUUGAUGAAAUCUAUAAAAAAAUUCUGAUUUUUGAUCUGUUUUUUUUAGAUUGAAAAAAGCGUCAUGAACUAGUGGGAACUAAAAAAAUCGUUGAAAUGAAGUUUGAGCCAUCUUUCAUUUCACCUGCUACUCCAGAUCGGAUAAUCUUCUAAAAAAACCCUUUUGAAAAGAGCAUAAUUCAGAACACGUGAAGGCUCCUACUAAUUUACAUUUCUGUUUCAAAAAAAAAAAAUCGAAAAUUGAAACCCUUUUUCUUACUGAGCUCUUACUGAGCUUACUAAGCUAUGAAGAAAAAAAAAUUGAGAUUCACGUGUCUUUCCAGUUCUAUGUGAGCCUACUUGAAAAUUUACGUUCCAAAAGAGCAACUUCAAAAAUCGGGUCACUCGACAUUCCGGUUUCGAACACCUUUUUUUCGUGAAAAAGAGCUCAAACACGUUUUUUUCUUUGCGAUGAAAAAAAUUUCGAGUUUCACAACUUGCCCGGUAUAGCUUCCAAAUUGUAACUUAACAGCCCUUCAGUACAACCAAACUUUGGUGCAAUCUAAAGUACAAAAACUGGAUGUGUUGAGGUGCAAAUUUGUCCGCGUAAUACUGGAAAAACCGGAAGGCGAAAACAAUCAGCUUGUGCUAGCAUUUCGAAUAAUUAAAUAACAAAGAGAAAAUUUUUUCUGCGAUGUGUGGUUUGAGGUGCUGUGAAAAAAAGAUAUUCUGGUUGGAAAAGUCAUGAAAAUUUGGCAAAUUAAUUCAAAGCCAGUCUUUUUUUCAGCUCUUCAGUUAUAUGAGAAAUUGCAAAUUUACCGUGGUCGCAUUUGGAAUGGCUCGAAAAAGGUCUUACUACAAAAACACCGAAAAAUCGCUCAAUUCGCUUUGGGUCAGUCGGGCUCCAGUCAACCGUUUCGUAGCCGUCGAGCCAUUCUAAAUGCAAAAUUUUAGUACAUCUAACUCUAUGAGACUGUCUUAUACACUAUUUUUUUCAAACUGCAUUUUUCUCAUUCAGAAAAAUGAAAUAGAAAACUUUUCAUCCAUGGUAAAAGUCUCAAAAAACUGUUUCAAGAAAUCAGCAGAUUUAUUGACAGUGGAAUUUCAACUAAUCAAUACUUUUCAGCUUGGGAUCUUCGGAACGUGCACGGCGUGAACCCUUUUGAAUAACUAAUCUCAUCAAAUAAUUACAAGAAAAUUCAACUUGUUACCUCAAUUGUUAACCUCACUAACUGUUUUACGUGUUUGCAUGGUGUUGUGUGUAUUAAUUUUUUUCCUAAAUAAACUGUACAAAUAAAUGUUGUUAUUUUUUUCCAUUCUCGACAGCAAACCUUCAUCCUGGUUAAAAAAAUCACGAACUCGAUCCUUCCAUCUAGUAAUCGAGAAACUGAAAUGUUAACUUUGAAUGAAUCUGCAUUAAAAAAAUCCUGGUUUAUUUUUUUGAAAGGGGUUGUCUGUCUUGAAAUUUCUGAUUCAACAAAAAUUGAAUACUAAUAUUUUUUUCGGUCCCACGUUAUUACCCAGUUUCACUGUUUCUGUCCUGACUCUUUAAAUGACGCAAAAUUACUGUUUCAAUGAAAUAAGGGCUCACGGCAUAAUUUUAUUGAAAAAUAUAUACUUAGAGAGCUAACUUAAUUUUCUUUGGUAACUUCUACGAAGUUCGAAAAAUCGGUUUUCAGAAGAACAAAAAGAACAAGACGAGAAAGUGGAGAGCAACUCGUUGUCCUAUCGCAAUGUCAACCCAGGGCAAGUUGAGAUUUCGUGGACCUUCCCGACGCAUAUUCUGGACAGUGUUGUUGGUAAUUUUCCAAUUCUCGAAGCAAAAACGCAUUUGUUCUCUCAGGAGCCACAAUUCUCUACACUGACAGGAAGGACAUCGCUCCAGAACAAUGGGAAAGAGUAGUAAUUGACGACUCGAAAAAUGUAAUUUUUUUGAUUUUUCUCCAUUUUUCGCUUUCAAGAUGUUUUGAAGUUGAUUUAGAAGUUUAAACUUCCAUUUUCAGACCACAAUAACCCUUCGAAAUCUUCGAGAAGGUACAAGAUACUCUGUCCAAAUCAUUCCAACGCUCUACACUGGAGAAUUUGACUAUGAAUCUCGUGAACUUUUUGAGCUGAAAACUGAUACGAGUAAGCUCUCCAAAAUUAUUCUCAUUCCUUGAAAAGGCUGUGUUUUAAUGAUAGACUACCUUGACUAGACAGAAGUUCCCAAAGUCAUGUGAGUUGAUUUUUGUUCUCUCACGUGUUAUCGGAAAAAAUUCUAAGAUUUUUCGGUCGCUCAAUGGGCUUCUAAAAGCUGUAAUUAUGAAGAGGACUAAUUUUUCCUGUGACACAAUGAAGAUGAUUCCUUAGUUGAGGAUUAAAAUUUUGGCUCAAUUUUAAUCGGUUUUUUGGUUGGGAAGGGAAUGAUUCACAUAUUUUUUUCCAUUUCAUCCAAAUUUUCAGGACCCAGAGCGGUUCCAAGCCCUCAAGCUUCUGCCAACCCCUUGGUAAAAGUUCUUCCACCUUUUUCUCAUCCAGUUGGACCCCAGCCAAAGUUCGAACAGAUGCUGAAAACGGAAAGCGAGUACAUGAGAAUCAUCAGUUGCAAUCCUGACGCGAUCACGGUGGUUUUCUGGGUUCUAAUCUUAUUUAGAAUUUAUUUUCUGAGUUUCAGACCGGCUGCGCUUGGGACGAAAUGUGUAUUACCCGUGUCGAGGAUUCUACUCGCGGCUGGUGCAUUUCGAACACAUUACGCGAUAGUAUUCUGAAUUCUUAA